AUGACUCUCAAGGCUAUCGUUAUUGGGUCAGGACCAGCAGGUCUUAUUGCGGCAAACUCGUUACUCGAUGCUGGCUACAAAGCGUCGGACUUUGUUGUGCUGGAGAAGAGGCCAGAAUGGCAACGAAGACCACAGGAAAUCUCAUUGAUGGCAUGCUCAAGUGCACGUCUACGCAAGUGGGGUGUCAUACAAAAAAUGGAGGCUAGAAACCAGAUAUCGCCACGACAUGGGCACAUCAUGAUGCAUUGGGACGAUUGGAAGACGGGCAAGAACUUGUCGAUUGCUUAUGGAGAGCAGCCUGGUGAAUAUCCUGGUGAUUUGGCUAAUGUUACGACUGAUCAAGUACUCGAUGACGGAACACAUGCGCGAAACGUAAAUACUACGACGAUAGGAGACACGGAACGCGCCAUGUUGGAUGCUGCUACUGAACGAGGUGUGAACGUCAUGCGAGGAGUCAUUAUCGAUCUCGUUUGGCAUCGAGACGUUGAGAAGUAUGAGGUCUGUUAUACUGCUGCUAUGGGCGAACGAGUAUCGCUUGGCAUUCCAGACCUGGUUAUAAACUGUGAAGGUGCAAAUCGAAAGUUUGUCAAGCAGGUGUUAGGACCGCGUCAUGGUGUUGAGAUCUUGCCAAAGGCGCCACGAGCUGUAUACUUUGUAUGUGUCAACGUGUAUUUCCCGAGCCCCGAAGAACGUUUAAGGAUAAUGCCGUCGGGCAUCUAUAUGAAGACAUACGGCCAAGCAGACUUUUCGUUUGCACCCGUUGCAGGAGCUCCUUCGCGCAACACCGAACCAGAUCAAGCCAUCUGGGUAAAACUGCGACCUGAAAUGCUAAUCGAUACACCUGUAUGGGACGGCGCACCCGCAGAUGUCACCUUAUCGUGGAAGUCCGGAUCACGUAGUAAAGUGAUUGAACAAUACGCCGCUCAAGAAGUCAAGAGUUUUCUGAGGACAAUGUUUGGAGAUGGUGUUGCUGAAACAGUGCGACUUGGAGAAAUCACUACGCCGAUACAUGUUCGAGAUACAUUGCUAUCUACGGCCACAGCUGGGAAAAACAUGGUCAUGUUUGGUGAUUGUUUUAGGACUGGCACGUUUCAAUCUGGAUCUGGCUUUAAUCUGCUGCUGACUAUGGAUUGUAAUGCACUAAAGACUCUGAUAGGCAGUAAGGAGAGCCGAGAAGCUGCUUUUGAAGAGUAUACUAGCUCGGUUAGGAAGUCAGCUUUAAGGUGGCAUGAACGUAACGUAGCAGCCUUCCAUUCAGAAGGUGUACCUCCGUUUGUAUCCCACGCAGAACGCGCCGAGGGUGUUCUAAAGUAUAAGAACUAUCCUGAAUUCGUGGCAAAGCUCGUUCAGCCAACUAUGAUGAAGAUCAGGAAGGAGCAGCCUCGUCUCUAA